CCACUAGGAUCUGUGAUGACAGUGACAUACACCAACCGUGUGGCUGAUGCCCGCCUAGGCACCUUCUCACAGCUCCUGCUCCAAUGGAAAGGAAGUAUCUACAAACUUCUCUACUCCGAGUUCCUUAUUUUCAUCUUUCUCUACUUCACCAUCAGUCUUGUUUACAGGCUGAUCCUGAGUGAGAGCCAAAGGCUGAUGUUUGAGAAGCUGGCGCUCUACUGCAACAGCUAUGCUGAGCUAAUCCCCGUGUCCUUUGUGCUGGGUUUCUACGUGGCUCUGGUGGUGUCCCGCUGGUGGGCUCAGUACGAGAGCAUCCCAUGGCCUGACCGGAUCAUGAACUUGGUCUCCUGCAACGUGGAUGGGGAGGACGAGUAUGGGCGGCUCCUGCGUCGCACCCUCAUGCGCUACAGCAACCUGUGCAGCGUGCUGAUCUUGCGUUCGGUCAGCACUGCUGUCUACAAGCGCUUCCCCAGCAUGGAGCAUGUCGUGAGGGCAGGCCUCAUGACACCAGAAGAGCACAAGAAGUUUGAGAGCUUGAAUUCCCCCCACAACAAGUUUUGGAUCCCAUGUGUGUGGUUCUCCAAUCUGGCUGUGAAGGCAAGGAACGAGGGGAGGAUCCGGGACAGCGUGCUGCUCCAAGGCAUCCUGAAUGAGCUCAACACCUUGCGCAGCCAGUGCGGGCGACUGUAUGGGUACGACUGGAUCAGCAUCCCCCUGGUCUACACUCAGGUGGUGACCGUGGCUGUUUACAGCUUCUUCCUGGCCUGUCUGAUCGGGCGGCAGUUCCUGGAUCCAGAAAAAGCAUAUCCUGGCCACGAACUAGAUCUCUUCGUGCCCGUCUUUACGUUUUUGCAGUUCUUCUUCUAUGCUGGCUGGUUAAAGGUGGCCGAGCAACUCAUCAACCCUUUUGGGGAGGACGAUGACGACUUUGAAACCAACUGGCUCAUCGACAGGAACCUGCAGGUCUCCCUUAUGGCAGUGGAUGAGAUGCAUCAGGAUCUACCCAUUCUGGAGAAGGACCUAUACUGGAAUGAGCCCGAUCCCCAGCCACCCUACACUGCCGCCACUGCCGAGUACAAACGCCCAUCGUUCCUUGGCUCAACUUUUGAUAUCAGCAUGCAGAAAGAAGAGAUGGAGUUCCAGCCCCUGGAGCAAAUUAAAGAGAAUGAGGAGGCAAACCACUCCACGCCAUUACUGGGACACCUGGGCCGCCUCCUCAGCGUCCAGUCACCGAGCUUCUCCAGGUCCUCUUCCCGGAUGAACCUGCUGCGCAGGCGAGGAGACCCCACAUCCCCCUUCUCCCAUUAUACAUACCAAGACAUGGGCAAGUCUGGAAGCCCUUGCAGCAUCAAUCAGCCAAGGGGAGACUCCAGCUCACAGGAGCAGUGGGACAGCGAAGACAGAAAACUAAGGGAGUUUGACGCCUUCAUGUCAACCCCAUUUUAUGAGAGACCUGGUUUCUACAGUGCUCCACAGACACCGAUCAGCUCUAUCCCCAUGAUUUUCCCUUCUAGACGUCAAGGCCGCAAGAAGCCUCCUGCACUCUCCAGCAUCGCUGCAUGCUCGACUUCUCUUAGGGAUGUCAUUGUCAACUCCUCACCUUCCAGGGUCAGCGAUAUGUAUAAGAGUCAGAGCUCCCUUGGCUCAGGUGCAAAGGAAACAUUUAUUUGGCCAACAGAUCGGAGCAAAGGUCCUGACUCGCUGGUUGUAACAGUAGAAGAAAAGAGCAACUCUAACAGUAAAAGCAGAGAAGCUGCCACCACGGGAAGUCCAGGGGCUCAGUCCACAGCAUCAGACAGCCCUAAAUUCCCCUUCUUGGCUGAGUCCCCAGACCAUGAGAAGCAGGGCAGCUUUAAGAGUCUGAAGAGCUUGAAAGGUUCCCACCCACCCUGGCUCACGCUGGAGAACACAGCAUCAGCCACCCCCAAUUCUGAGCAUUCAAGUGCCUUUCACACCCCCAAUAACAAAACCCCCGGAGGCAGUGCCUCCCUCUGCUUCUCAUUCACUCCUGUAACAUCUCCAGUGCUGGAGAGAUCCCACCUGGGGAACAUGGGCCCCGAUGCUCGCAGCCUAAGUUUAGAAGAUACAGCCAGCGCUCCAGACCAGCAUCCAGCAGAGGUUUCCAGGACCACAAGAGAUACUGGCAAUGGAAGCGCCAGUACUCCCCCUACAAAAGAGCCAAGACGAGCAGAGAGUCCAUCCCCCAAUGACUCUGGCAUCUCUCUAGCCGAAGGUGACUACGUGGGGCUGAUGGAGGUGAUCAUGGAAACCAGUGAAAGCACGUGUGAAGAGCAGAUAGAUCAGUACAGCUAG